UAUAGCCGCUACCUGCGUUGAGAUAUGUUGUUUUCGAUGGCGUUCGUACGAAAACCGAAGUAACGCGAGUCGACCCAUUUUCACGGACGUUAGUGGAAGUUCAUGUAACGAUGUAAAGAACAACAAAGUGUGAAUCCAAGAAACGCGAUAUUUUGGUUCGAAGAAUAAAUAAAGUGCUACAGGCUGUGUGCUAAGUGUGAUUUCGAGAUGGAUGGCUUCUUCGUACUCGACUGUCUUCCAUACUAGUUGCUACAAGAUCGUGUUGUGCGGGUAUCUCGAUUUUUAAAUGGAUCGUCGAAAUUCAGUGAUUUACAGUAGUUUCGAAAUCAGAUUGGAAGGAUACCAAUUCUUAUCUGUUAUCGUCAACGUGAAAGUGUUUACAACGUCUUCGUAGGCAGUGUUGCGUUACUUUGGAAAUCAUGCAUGCGGUGAAGCACAAGGGAGAAAUGGACGUUUCUCGCGCGUACUCUUUGUUUACCACCGAUGGGAAAAUCAACGAGAACCUGUCGCCGUGUUGUGAUAAGAAUAAAGGUUAGGUAUUAAACGUUUCUUGCUAAAAGUCUCCGGAAAGUGAAAGAAACUGUCGAAGAGUGCAGCUGAAACGUAUUCGGGGAAAAAACAAGGGUAGAGACGAUACCUAGUGGGGAAACGAAAGAUUAAAGCAUGCCGCGCAACGUAUGAGGAACAGACAAAAGCAUAUGGUUCCGUGCUUUGUUGGACAAAAGAGGCGACGAGAGUCGGAACGGCGGGAAAGUACAGUGCAAAUGGGUAACGAAAGACAGAGGAAACCAGAAGCAGACAACGACAGAGGAGGGGACAUGUCUGUAAAGCGAAAAUAAAGGUUGAAAGAAAGGCGGCAAGUAUACAUAGAGCUCGAGGGAUUUCGGGGGAGAGAGCGGCAUAGGGGAUUACGCAGAGAAAAUAUGAAAAUGAAAGGAAUAAAAAGAACGCGAAAAAGAUAGAAAAGAGAUGUUGGCGAAGAAAAGGUGCACUCGAUCGGAAUAAAUGAAAAGCGAGAUACCUAGUGAAGUGAUACUCGAUAGGAACGGGACAAAGAGAGAAAGACGUGACGCGAAAAGGACAGAGAUACGCCAGAGUGGAUGCUGGUGGAAACGAGUGCAGAGGAGAGGGGAGAUUACGAGCGAAACGUGGAAAACUGGAGUUUAGGAUAAGCGUGAUAGCGAGCGAAGUUGUGAAAGCAAAAGGGAAGGUGCUUUACCCUGGAGUCCGAUGUUCAGAGUCGUACGAUGGCCGGGGCUCUAUCCGAGAAUGCCCCGAGACCUGUCAGUGUCGUCACAGUGGGCUGUGCGACCGUCGAUAAUGCUAGGAACAAUCACCUCAACAGACCGCAGGAGUCUCGAGACAAUGCGCGGUCUUUCACUUCGACGGAGGCGCAGACGGAACUGGCGCUCCACAGCGGGCCAGAGGCACUGGAGGACUUGGACAGCGCUCGAUGUGCCCGUAGAAGAGAAAGACGGAUGCGCAGGGAACACCGACGUGCCUUGAGAUCCUGUUCGUUGCCACCGUCGUAUCCUGGUACAUCACCGGGUUGUCAGCCUUCUACCGCACCGGGAGUACCAUUAGUAACACCUCCAAGAGGAUUUCUGCAUCCUCCGCCACCUCAUUUGGGUCUUAGAGGCCUUAGUCUUGGUCUACCCUUCCCAGUCUCGACCAGCGUCUCAGCUUUCGGCAGGGACGCUGUACCGAAGCAAUGUUGCGGCCUCGGUUCCCCUCCUGUACGUUGGUCCAUAUUGGGUGUUGGAGUAGUGGGUCUCGUCUGCGCGGGUGCUGGCGCUCUGCUGGGGGCCCUCAGGGCUUCAGGUCGGGAUCACAUAGCUGUAGCACUUCUCAUGAUCGGUAUAGGAGUGGUUCUGGUAACUGUGAGCGCUGUAGCGUGGCGAGUGACCAGUCGAGAAAAUUGCAGUAGUUUCUUUGGUUUUACGGGGAUCUCGGGUAGAAUCCCACCAGCGAGGCCAAUUCAUCCGUAUGCUGCCAUGAUUUAUCCGGAAUUUCAGUUUAGAACUCCACCGCCGAGUUAUCAGGCGAGUAUGCAAGAGUACAGGCUUCGACUAUUACUUCUGGAUCGCUUGCAGCCAACGUCCUCGCCUCCGCCGACCUACAGGUCCAACGCUGGUAGUAUCGUGACACCUGGCACAACUAGAGAAAGCAGACCGCCGAGUUAUUGCGCCAGAUCUAAUGUUGCUUCGAACACGAAUGUCGCACCUUCCAAGAAGGACGCGAACUUGGUCAGGAUUGUUCAGACUGAAUCGGAGCCCGUGAUUUUAAGCGGGGAUCAAACACCCCCGAUCACUGCCGUCGAGGUACUCGCGCAUCUCUGAUUAUUAUUUUGUAUCCUUCGCAUCGCUGUCGCAGAAAUAGGCUGUUGCCUAAUCAAGAUUCUCCUUCGCGUAUUUUAUGAUAGGAAUUAUCUACCGUGCAAUAUAAUUGUAUCAUUUGGGUUCGUUUUGCGCUUCCUUGGUACGCUAUUACCGAAUAUUAACUUCAAAUCGUCUGUUCGAGAUAAUUGAUCAAACGAAGGACUCAAAGAAUGUGAACUUUUUGAUUUUUUGUUUAGUAUUACAACUUAAACAACCAAAGAAUAUCGUCUUUAAGUAUUUUACUUGGUCAUUUGUUUCGGACAUACAAGUCAGAAAAUAUUUACUUGACGUUAUCGACUGGCCAACGUUAACACGUUUAAUGUCAAGUGAGUUUCGUAUUUAUUAUUCGUUAUUAUGUACAAAAUGGAAGCAAUCGGUGUUUUAACGGUGUUCUGAUUACUUUACAGUAUUUCUGUUGCCAUGAAUCUCAUUAAGAAAUUAACAAGUAUUACAGUUUAUUUAUGAUAAGCGUAUUAAGGAAGCGUUGUAGGUUCAAUGCGUUGUCAGCGGUGAUCGACGAAGUUUAAAUGGAAAAUCUGCUGCUGAUCACUGGUGAUCAACAUGGAAUUCAAUGUAUUAACCCUUUGAGCUCGACAACAUUUUUUCUAGAGUGAACUAGUAACUCCAACUUCAAACUGCUGACCUAAAAAUACAGUAGAACCUCGUUUAUCAGCACCUCGUGUAUACAAACAAAGUCAUGCUCAGUCUCGGAUAUACGAACUUUUAGCUGAGCUCAAUACCUUUUAAGUCUCCCGUAGCUUCUAUUAUCUAAACUAUGGUGGAGGGUUCAUGGAAGGGAUAGUUAGUGGACCUCUACUAUCUGAACUACUCGGUUAUCGGAUCUGUCUUGACCCCAGACCAGUCAGAUAAAUAAGGUUAUACUGUAUUUCACAUCCAGAUUAAUGAGAAGAACAACGAAAUCCAAUAUAAACAAAAUUGUUCGCCUUUCAGUCGCCACUCGAGGUACCGCGUGAUACCCAAUGGUGACCGACGGUUGCCUCUCGAACGCAAAGGGUUAAUCGAGUUACCUUCUCUAAAAAAAUAGAUUUAAGUAUUUAACGAAAAGGUGAGUCGUUUCGAUCGUUAUUGUACAAGUGCUUCUGCACUUCGUGGCUGACGCUAGAGUCGUGCCAUUUGCAGCCUUUGGCUGCCAUUUGUGGUAAAGCGAAUUAAGCAUCCCACGUAACCGUGACAAUUACGGUCUUGGGUAAAAUUAGUGGAUUCGUAACCGUAGAACUGACAGAUGUAUAAUAUGAGCCCAUACUUAGAAAAGUUGUUUCUUUUCUACGGCGUUGAAGAUUUAAGAUCUUCCAAUCUUUUAACCAAGUAUUGACUGAUUUUGUUUGAAAAUGUCGUCAAAGCUGCUUGGUUAGCCACGUAUUCUUUUGGGAAUGAGCGGGCGAGCAUCUUGUUCGGUUCGUUUUCAUUCCAGCGCCAAAUCUUGUUCAUAUGCCUUCCCACCAAGGAGUAUCUUAGAAGCAUCUUUUCUGAUUCAGUUGAAACGUCAGCUAUUACCACAUUCUUCACGUAACCCGUGGGGUUGAAAUUUGAGAAUAGUUGUCUAAAGUCGUUUCCUUCGUAAAAGUAAUACACUUCAAGGUUGUUCAGUUCAUCAAAAUGCAUCUGCUUCUCAAUUAACGGAACUUUAUUUUCCGGGUUGAACUAGGGUCGCAAGAAAUACAUUGAGUCAUCGCCGUUUUCUGAGUAAUCAUGAAAAAUUGGACGAGAAAAUCGUGUGAGUGACAGUUGAGCUACUAUUUCUUCUUUGUGCAAUAGCGCAACUCCUUCAAUUGGGGCCUGAGCGACUACGUUAUGGCCCGGGAUAAAUGCUACAGGAUAAGUCAUUAGAAUUGGAUUAGCGGCGAUCGCAUCAUUCGCGUAUGAGCACACGUAGGCCUGGGCUGGAAACCACAUUUUCCUCACUAUUCUUCCAAAUAGUGUAAUUGAAAAGUAUCUCCACCGAUGCUUCAAUCUUUGAUUUUUUUCUACCCAAUCCUUUAACCAUUUUCGCUUUGUGAUAAUAGAGAAGUGAAUAGAAACCAGCGCUAGAAAAAAGAAACAGAAGUACGAGAUUUUAAAACGUUUAAUCGUAAGAAAAUAUUUUCACAACUGGUGAUAAAGUAAGAUAAUACCCAAGAUCGAAAGGAUCUCCAAAUAUCGUAUUUCAUGAUGUUGAUAUUUUUUGGGAUCACAUGGAAGUUUGAUCGUACAGAGUGUUCAGUGUUGCAGGUAUAAACUUAACUGAUUAACAGAAUUGGUAAACAGAAACGGAAAAGUCUUAUUAUACAUACAUACAUACAUAUAUUUAAAAUAAAACGUACAGUUAAUCGUAACAGUUUACAUAUACUCUGUAAAGUGCAAUAUUAUAGACAAUAGAAGUUUCGAUAAUCCUAUUAGUAUUAAAUUGUUUGCUAGUUAAAGUUAGAAAUAUUUUCAAGAGGAAUGAUACUUACUAAAUUCGUUUAUAUAAAAAUGUCUACAAUUACGAAAUACCAUUUUAAAUUAAUGAACUAAGAAUAAUCACUGCAAGUAUAAGAGGCAGUGAGAAAUAUGGAUUCGUGAUUGGCCGAAGAUAAUACGACUAGUGGAGUGAAUCUAAGUACUAUCGUAAAUUUAUUUAUUUAUUUAUUUAUUUGUUUAUUUAAGAGACGGAAUUUGUUGACGAACAGAAAGUUUAAUGCGUAAUGUCAGAAAGCACACAAAGAUCAGAAAGAAGAAUGCAAUUGGUCGUUGUGUAUUUGUAAGUAAAAAAUAGAUGUAAAUGUAUUGUACAAAAGACACAAAAAUUUGCGUAGCAGUGAUUGGAUAGAGUAUCAUCCAAUAAUAUGAAGUCAUACGAUUUCUUCAAUGAACUAAGUUCCAAUAGUGCGCGACCGUUUAUUAUAAGUAUCAGAUACUUGUCUCCAUUACCUUGCGUUCUAAAUGAUAUCUAAUUUCUUAUUGCCUAUCAUGUACUUUAGUAUAUACUCGCUAGACCAAUUCCCUUUGACGAUGAGCAAUUCCACUAGCCGGUUGUAUGUAGCAAGAAGACCCUGCUCUUUCGAGGUGCAACCUCCAUCAAGUUUUUUUGUGCAAUAUGGUCUUGCCAGUGCUUGUCGUGCACUACACAAGAAAUAACUAAGAGGGGGCUCUCCCUGAAUGUGGCCGAAAUUUUUCUUAUUCGUUUAAUUAAUCUAUUACGCGAAGAGCAUGUGAAUUUGGUCCCCGUUAUCUUCCACUGUUCGUGAUAUAUCUAACCCGACUUAGGUGUCAUAGAAAAAUGGUUUCCUGGUUGCUCAACUCGGUAAUCGAAUACUUUUCGUUAACCCUUUGGGCCGUUAGGAUUUAACUCGUGAUUCGUACUGUAGCCAUGUUCAUCAUCAGUGUUGGAGCAGUCAUAAAAUUUCGGCUAAGUUUCGUCGUCUGUGAUAGUCAACGACCCUUGUUUGAACAAUUUGACGUUUGUUCGGUGAUGAACAGUUGGUUUUCCACAUUCGUUUAUUUUAAUCGAGUGACUAAAGGUCUCUUCUAAAGGUCUGACAUAAUUUCGAAUUAGGACUAAAUUACCCUUGGAAUAACUUUAUUCUCGUGUUGGAGUUUUAAGUCCUCUACUCUUUGUCUAAGAUUCAAGUGUUCGUCCUGUUCGUCAAGAAUACUGUUGGGUUCGUAACCUACUUGUAAUUCGAAUGGGAUAUAUCCCUUGGACCGGUUAAUGGUGCAAUUAUAAUUAAACAUUGCCUUAGGAUAACGUGGGACCUUUCGUUCUUUCGAAAAAUUUUAUAUCUAUAUUUUAUUCCUCCUUUGCUUCAUCCCUGAUUACCGCGACAACCAACUCGUUGAGCCAUUCACAGGUCUCGUUAUUAUCGCGUAUAUUAUCUCGUAUAUGUCUGCUGGUUCUGAUAGUUUCUCUAUUGGCUGAUUAAGGUCUUCUAGUUGUUAGACGGUGACGAACUUGAUCGAUGUGUCUGGUUGGGUGUAAUAUUCUGCUAAGGCCGCUGAAAAGAGUUCCUGGUAUACCAUGAAAAAUGGUAGCCAUGUCAUGAUCUCGUGUGAUGAAUCUCGUAACAGACACCUUUUGUUUAUCAGAACAUCGAAGGUUGGUUGCAUGGCCUCGCGACAUAUUAGGUAGUUCCUUUCUGCUCGAUACUGUGAGAUAAUCCGCUCUUAGAAAUUCGGGGAGAUCAAACUCAGCAGGGUGUUCUUUAUGGAGUUUAAGGAUAGAGGAAGGAGCUAGUACUCUACCUUUAGUAGACAAAAAGAGAGUCCCAUAACGAUAAGUCACUACAGAGUGAUCCAACUGAUUGUAAUACUCCUCGUUGCUUUUGGGGAGUUGGAACUGUUUCAGAUCAUCUAAAGAGAUCUUAACUCCACCCUUUAGUCGAUUUACUAAAUCAGACAUGUUUAACUCGUAAUCCAAUAGACGUUGAAUCUGUGAUUUGUAGAAAAUUUUAUGUGAUUUUUCUGUAAUGAUAGAAAUUUCGCUACCUGUGUCGAUGAGGAAUGUUGUAGGGCUGUAUUCCUGGCAGUUCUAGUGGAACAAACCGGGACUGGUUCACACGGUGCUGAUCUGUUGCU